AUGGCAAACAGUAUUAUAGGUAUCCUACCAUAUGCAGUCUCACAAGCAGGCUUCGUCACAGGUAUAGCCCUCUUGAUCGGCUUGGCCUUGGUGACAGACUGGACAAUACGGCUCGUCGUGCUGAACGCCAAGCUGAGCGGGAGGGACUCGUAUAUUGAGGUCAUGCAUCAUUGCUUUGGGAAAUGGGGAAGCGCUUCGGUCUCGUUCUUUCAAUUCGCUUUCGCCUUUGGAGGAAUGUGUGCCUUCAACGUCAUUAUAGGAGACACCAUCCCGCACGUUAUCGCCGUUCUCAUUCCUUCCUCCGUCUCCCACCCUCUCCUCUCCCUCCUAGUUGACCGCCGCUUCGUCAUUCUCCUUGCUACUCUCGCGGUAUCGUUCCCGCUCAGUCUGCACCGGGACAUCGUCAAGCUCAGUAAGAGCUCAGGAUUCGCACUCAUCUCCAUGGGCGUUAUCGUCACUGCUGUUGUCCUUCGCGGAGUGGCUGUGGAGCCGGAACUACGAGGCAAAGCCUCUCAUGUCUUUUCUAUCGUCAGACCGGGGGUCUUCUCCGCUAUCGGCGUGAUCAGCUUUGCAUUCGUCUGUCAUCACAACACGAUGUACAUCUACAAUAGUAUGGAUACGCCUACUUUGGACAGGUUCUACGCCGUAACGCACGCUUCGACGAUGAUGAGCUUAGUGGCUUGUCUGCUUAUGGCAGUUACGGGCUAUGUGGUGUUCACGAAUAAGACUCAGGGCAACAUCCUGAACAACUUCAGCCCGGACGAUAUCGUUAUCAACAUCGCUAGACUCUGUUUCGGAGCCAACAUGUCGACCACUAUACCGCUCGAGAACUACGUCUGCCGAGAAGUCAUUGAGGACUACUUCUUCAAGGAUCGACCGUUCUCUCAGCGAAGACAUGUGAUCACCACCGCCCUACUCGUCUUCACUACCAUGGGCAUCGCGAUGAUGACGGACGACCUGGGUCUCGUGCUGGAAAUAGCAGGUGGACUGAGCGCGACCGCAUUAGCAUUCAUCUUUCCUGCUGGAGCAUACGCCAGUCUGACGCGGGGAGAGUGGUACUCCCGUCAGAAAUUGCCGGCGGUGGCUUGUGCGGUGUUUGGGGUGGUGGUUCUGGUUUUGAACUGCGGGCUGACCGUUGCGAAAGCCUUUGAGCCAAGUAAGGGGGAGGAAGGUGUCAUUGCUGGAGACUGA